AUAGUCUUUGGACUUUACUGAACUCUGACUGCCCAGAUAUAAAGAAUUAGUAUUUUGGAUGGUGUGGGAGCUAGUGAAGAUGUGUCAGCACCUCCCCAACACUAGGAAAAUAUUGUAUCUUAAUUGUACUGUUACGAGAAUACACAUAAAAUUAAGAUGUUUGCUGGCCUGGGCUAGCAUCAGUGGCAUCAGCAAUUGGUCUGCCACCUGCCCUCAGGGGAAGGAGAGAUAAGGAACAAUGGAGCAGUGUCUGGAGAUGUGUAAUGAAGGGACGUGGGAGAGAGAGCUGUCUGGAGCAGCUCCCCCUUUGAACCCUGAACUGUUUGAAGUGAUGGACAGGCGAUACCCCAGCAGGGGGAUAAAAAGGGACAGGUUCGCUAAGACAGGGACACACGCCACCCGAGGUAACGAGACCCUGGAAGCGGUACGCUUCUCACGAGUGGGUGAGAAGUACCACACAACGACCAGGGUGGAAAGGAAGAAGUCUUUCUUGUAUUCAGCCCUUUAUGCUGCCUUGAUAUUUGGUGGUCGGCACAUGAUGAAACAACGAGCAAAGUUUGAGCUGCGGAAGCCCUUGGUACUCUGGUCACUGAGCCUUGCCCUCUUUAGUAUUAUUGGAGCUGUGCGCACUGGAGCUUACAUGGUGUACAUCCUGACAACCAGCGGCCUGAAGCAGUCGGUGUGUGAUCAAGGUUUCUACAAUGGGCCCAUCAGCAAAUUUUGGGCAUAUGCAUUUGUGUUGAGCAAAGCACCUGAGCUAGGAGACACAAUUUUUAUUAUACUACGGAAACAGAAGCUCAUCUUCCUGCACUGGUACCAUCACAUCACAGUCCUCCUGUACUCCUGGUACUCCUACAAAGACAUGGUGGCUGGAGGAGGGUGGUUUAUGACCAUGAAUUAUGGCGUGCAUGCUGUCAUGUACUCCUAUUAUGCUUUGCGAGCUGCUGGCUUCCGAGUAUCGCGCAAAUUUGCCAUGUUCAUCACUAUGACGCAAAUUACCCAGAUGCUCUUGGGCUGCAUUGUUAACUAUUUGGUGUAUGAGUGGAUGCAGCAGGGCCAAUGCCCAUCUCACAUGCACAACAUUGUCUGGUCCUCCCUCAUGUACCUCAGCUAUUUUGUGCUUUUCUGCCAAUUUUUUCAUGGGGCUUACCUGAGCAGCAGCACCAGGAAAGCACUGAAGGCCACCUAGAUCAGAGUGGUGCAAAGUUACAGCUCAGGGGAUUAGUCAUGUGGCACAGUGACAUGUUUCGAGUGCUUCAAAAUGACAGCCUAUUCUCAUUAGGUUGGGUUAACCCGUUGAGCUUCCAAUACCUCAUUGAGAUCAUCCUUGGAAGUUUCAAAUGCCACCAAGCAAAUGAGAAAGUUGUGCGGUGUGAGAGGUUGCAUAUUGAACUGUUAGGUUUCAGUAUUGGUGCUUUGCAAUCUGAUUUUUUUUAAACUGACAACUGAGGUAUGAAAGGAGCUUAAAGGGUUAACUCAAUUAGUCUUGAAUCAGAAGGUUUUCUGAAGGCCAGCUAGAACAACCAAAAGCUUCAAGAAAAGAUUAAUGAUUUUAAAAUCUUAAUUUUAUGCGUUAAUCAGAAUCAAAUGGUUCUGCACUGAAAAUUGCUAGCAACUUCUAGACCAUAGAGUCUCUGCCCACUAAAAUGUAAUAUUCUUCCUUUAGAAAUACCCACUAUGAAACACGUGUAUUUUUCAAGGAUAUUGGUUAUAUAUCGUAUGGCCUCUUAAGAACUACCAUUUGAACAGCAUAGCUGUUCUACUUAGGAGAAAUGGUGAUUUAUCGAAGGACAAUAAGGUAUUGCAUUUUAGAGGUGAUGAGAUAUUCCUAAAAGAUUAAAACAUUUCUUUCAAUGUAAUUUCUCAAAUAGAUUUCCAUUCUGAAAAUUAAUAUUAGGCUGUGUGUAAUACCUGUGUGAAAUUAUUUUGCCUUUUUAUAUUGCUUAAAAAGAUAUCUAAAAAUAAAGGGCAGAGAAAUUUCAUACAAAAUGCAUCCACAGAUUCAGCUAUCAUUUGUGCAAAAAUACUGAUAUUUCAAAGUGCAUUUUCUUUGCACUUCGUAAUUGAGUAUAGCGAAUAUGUCAAUCUGGAACAUCCACCACUAUUUGUCACUUGGCAUCUAGGAACAAUUUAGACUUCUUUCCUUAACUUCUGGUUUUCAUGCUUCUUUUCUAUUUUAAGUCACUGAAAAUUUCAUGGACCGUUGAUUCUUUCUCAAACCACACUAGGAUUCGAUGGGUAUUCACUUCUGCCAAACUCAUUUGCUUGUGUGGCUCCCUUUCCAACCAUUGUUGCCUGUCAAAUUGAUCUCCGUACCGUUUCAAUGAUAUUCUGUUCCCUCCUCAUUCUUGCUAAAGUUUAAACACUCUGAAAUAUGAGAGCAAUGGUUAUUUGUGUUAGAGCAAAUUAAGCUAAGCAGUUUGAACAGUUGUAAUUUAAAAAUUAAAACAGUUCGUGGGGUGUCGUAUGCACACAGCAGAAUCUGGGUUCCACAAAAGUAUUUAUAUAAACCUGUUAUGGGGUAAUUUUACAGAUAUUUUUACUUGUAUUUUUUGAUACUGUGGUCUUAUUGAUAAAUCGUUUGUUGUAAAUAAAUUAAGGCACGGCAGCUUUGAGAAACAAUACUUAACAUUUAACCUGCUAACUACAGGGGAUGGUGACUUAAAAUUAUUUGCUAUGUCCUGUCAUUUUCAGAUUAAGAAACUGGCUCCUAAAGAUGUUUCUUCCAGAAAAAAAAAUCCUAUUUUAUGCUGUGAUGAUAAAUGAGGUAAUUGAAACAGCUAAAACAAUGUAACUUGCUGCUCCAGUUAUUUAACACUGUAUAUCCAAGUAUGUUUAAGCACAGACAAAGCAUCCUCUCAACUAGAACUCUUUGGUUGUUUCCUAAAUUACAAUGUGUGAACUGCUGUUGCUGAAACAAACAAUAAAUAUUUUUAAAUGGGUGUGUAGUAG